GUAAAAUGAUUUAAAUUAAAAUGAAAACGCAUUUAUGAUACAAAUUUAAUUUUAUAAUAUAAAAGUGAAGUUCAAUCUUUCAUUAUGUAUAAUCCUGCAGUAACAGUAAGACGAAUCGAUGUUUUAAUUCGUAUUCUAGGCAAUAAAAAGUAUUUAUUAAGUGCUAAUUAUGUGAGAGCUUACUCCAGCAAUGAAAAAAUUACUAUAGGAGAUGUAACCAAAGAAAUACAGAUACCCAAAAAGAUUGAAUAUGUCCCAAGGAACUAUUUAAAAAUUGAGAAUUCUGAAAUAAAAUUACUCUCACAAAGUACCUUACGAAACCUGAGAUGGAUGAUGCAAAAAGACUCUUUGGGUCAAGACAUGUUCCUUUUAGGAAGACCAGGACCUAGCAGGAGAAAAAUAGCACUCCAAUACUUAGAGCUCACAAAAAGAGAGCUGGAAUAUGUAGCUCUGUCUCGAGAUACCACUGAAGCGGACCUCAAACAAAGGCGUGAGAUUGAGAAUUCAACUGCCAAAUACUUUGAUCAGAGCGCCGUUCGCGCCGCCGUCGAAGGACGAGUCUUGGUCAUAGAAGGCAUAGAGAAGGCAGAGAGAAAUGUUUUGCCAGUGCUUAAUAACUUGCUGGAGAAUCGUGAAAUGCAUUUAGAAGACGGUCGAUUCCUCGUGCCUGCUGCUAGAUAUGAUAAAUUGCUGCAGGAGCAUGGUGUCGAAGAGGUGUCGAAAUGGCGGCUAGUUCGCGUCGAUGAGAACUUCAGAGUGAUAGCCCUAGGGCUCCCCGUGCCUCGCUACACUGGGCAGCCGCUCGAUCCACCGCUGCGUUCCAGGUUCCAGGCUAGAGAUGUCGCCACUAUCGGAUUUGGGGAACACUUUUCAUAUCUGAAGGAAGCGGCACCCCAAGCGGAGCCAGUCAAGUUGGAGCAGCUAUUGUCGGCUGCGUACGCGCUGAUCAGCCCGGAGCUACAACAAGUCAGUCUGCCCGACUACCCAGUAGACAGCUUGCAAGCAUCUGCCCUAAAACUGGAAAGAAACCCUGGCAUACCAGUCUAUAAGCUGCUUUAUUAUCUGUACCCCUACAACACGUUCCUAUCGAAAGAUCACGUGAAAAACGUAGAGGUGGUGUUAAAGAACUUGAAAAUAGACACCGCUCCUAAAUGGGAUAUUUCUUUGAAAGGCGUGGAGUACACGGGAGAUCAGGCCGUAGUGUCUAUGAAAAUCAAUGGUGCUAAGUCUCAAUUUCCUGUGCCAUGUGGUGGGAGGGCGAAAAAUGAGAUGGACGCGAGACGCGUGGUGAAGACAGCAUAUCAGACAGAACUGUUAAACGAACUGCUUCUGAGUCACAGUGUUGGUGACUUUUGUGUCGUUGGUCCAAAAGGUUGUGGCAAGAGUCUUCUCGUUGCGCGAUUAGCGUCUUUAUUGGGCUAUACGAUAGAACCCAUAGUCCUAUACCAGGACAUGACAGCCAGAGACCUAGUUCAGCAACGAACGACGUUAGAUAAUGGUGAUACGGUGUGGAGAAGCUCUCCUCUUGUGGAUGCAGCUCUGAAAGGGCACAUGGCAGUUCUGGACGGGUUACAUAGGAUACACGCUAGUACGCUGGCUGUUCUACAUAGAUUGGUUCAUGAUAGAGAAUUGCAGCUUCAUGACGGCACUCGGCUACUACGUCAUGAUAGAUACGAUCAGCUGUUAGCUGCUGGACUAACGGAACAAGAUCUCGAAAAUAGUGGUAUCAAGAAGAUACACCCGGCAUUCAGAAUAGUAGCAUUAGCUGAGCCGCCUAUAUUGGGACGCGGACAGCAGUGGCUCUCCCCGGAACUACUCAGUCUCUUCGUGUUUCACGAAAUGAGGAACCUCAGCAAGGAGGAAGAGAUUUUCGUCAUCAAUAGCUUGUACGGUGACAUUUCACAACCACUGCACUCCAUAAUCAACCUCGCGGACGAGCUUCGUAGCUCAGAUGACGGCACACUCAAGAACCUAUCGUCUUCUCUUUCCACCCGGCAACUUUUACGAAUCGCUAACAGAAUGGCAAAGUACCCUACAGAUUCGGCUUACGAAACAGUCCAAAGAACGUUCCUAGCAAAAUUCCUGCCUAAUUUAGCGAGACGGGCGCUAGAUGGCGCUAGUCAACGAAUUGGUAUAGAACCGCCCAGUCGCUUUGGAAUUUUCGGCGGCAAUCCCAAAGAAACGAAAGUCGCGUGUUCAGUACAAAACGGGAUACUAACUAUAGGAAAUACCAGCACAGAAGUGUUCAAAACGCAAGCUUUGACCAAAGUACCGGAUAUUUUAUUUUAUGACGUACCCCAACAUGUGAAAUUACUCGAAUGGUUGCUGCAAGACUUCUUAUUGGGCAACCAUUUACUUCUGGUCGGAAAUCAAGGAGUAGGAAAAAACAAAAUAGCCGAUAGAUUGCUUCAACUUUUGAACAGGCCAAGGGAAUACAUCCAGCUUCAUAGAGAUACGACUGUCCAAUCUUUGACUGUGCAACCGACUGUGAAAGAUGGCGUUGUUGUAUAUGAAGAUUCUCCUUUAGUAAAGGCUGUUAAAUUCGGCCACGUUUUAGUCGUGGAUGAAGCUGAUAAAGCGCCUACUCAUGUUACUUGUAUACUAAAGACUUUGGUCGAGAACGGAGAAAUGAUACUAAGUGACGGUAGGAGGAUAGUGCCUAAAGAUAUGAUUGAAAGUUCAGGAGGCGAUAUGGAGACUUUUAUACCCGUGCACGAUGAUUUCCAGAUGAUUGUCUUGGCUAAUAGGCCCGGAUUCCCGUUCUUGGGAAAUGAUUUCUUCGCUUCUUUGGGUGACUUAUUCUCCUGUCAUGCCGUAAACAAUCCAUCAGUAGACUCUGAAAUGGAAUUGCUUCGUUCCUACGGCCCUGACGUUCCUCAUAAUGUGAUGCAGAAGUUGGUGCAAGCUUUUGCUGUAUUACGCGAAAAAGCAGACCAAGGACAACUGACUUAUCCUUAUAGUACUAGGGAAUUGGUAAACAUCGUCAAGCAUUUGCAGAAAUACCCAGACGAAGACCUAGCCACAGCCAUCAGCAACGUUUUUGACUUCGAUCGAUACAGCAAGGAUAUGGCGGACACUCUUCUAGAAGUAUUGCACGCUAGCGGUUUGCCUACCGAAGGUGUUCUAGAUGGAAGAUCAAAGGAAGCCUUGAAGAAGCUGCAGAUGACUAUAGAGAGGACAAGCGGCAAAGACGUGUCCAGCCCCAAGCACGGCAAAGAGGACCCCAAGAACGAGCCCCACGUGGGCGGGAACACUUGGGCGGGCGGCACGGGAGGGCGGGACACCGCCGGCCUGGGCGGCAAGGGCGGGCCCUACCGCCUCGACAAGGGCCAUAAUGUGCAUCAAUUGUCGGAUGCGGAAAAAGACGACAUCCCGGAGCAUGUGAAGAAAGCUGCUCGCGAGAUGAACCGAAAGGCUUUUGAGGAGAGAUUGAAGGAAAUAAAAAUGAGCGAAUAUGACGCUAAAUUGUAUGAGCAAUUCUUACGAGCGGUCCAGCCCCAGAUUGGUGCGCUACGCGGAGUCUUAGCGGAACUCCAAGCGAAGAAAAAGGAGAGGCAGUGGAGUCGGCACCAAACUAGCGGCGAGCUGGACGAUGGCAAAAUUAUCGAAGGGAUAACGGGCGAAAGGUCAAUAUACCGUCGCAGAAUGGAACAGGAACCACCUCCGGGCGCUCCGCCUGACCGUCCUAAACGUUUACGGCUCGUGCUAGACGUCUCCGGCAGUAUGUACAGGUUCAAUUCAUACGAUGGCCGCUUAGAAAGGUCCAUGGAAGCGGUAGUGUUGAUAACGGAAGCUCUCCGAGGCUACGAGGCUCGCAUACGAUACGAUAUGUACGGACAUUCUGGCGAAGAACAUGCUUUAGAAUUGGUGCGGGUAGAUCGACCGCCUGAAAACGAGAAGGAGAGGUUACAGAUAAUCCGCACUAUGCACGCGCACGCGCAGUUCUGUUGGUCCGGGGACAACACGCUUCCGGCGGCGAAGCACGCGAUAUCGACACUAGCCUCCGAAGACGCCGACGAGGCGAUAGUUCUCAUAUUGUCCGACGCGAAUUUACGACGAUACGGCAUACACCCUAAGGAGUUGGGCACAAUUCUGACAUCAGACCACAGGGUGCAGGCACACGUGAUUUUCAUUGGCAGCCUUGGAGAUGAGGCCACUUCAUUAUUACGCCAACUACCUGUAGGCCACGCGCACGUCUGUAUGGAUGUGGCCAGCUUACCGCACAUUAUGCAACAAAUAUUCGCGUCUUCGCUACUGCAGACCACAGACAAUUGACCAUAGAUACCGCGAUUAAUUACAAACCUCAGAACAAGAACUAAAGCAAAGAAAAAGUUAAAAUUCAACUUGAAUAGUUCUAUUAUUUUGACGUAUAGACCUUUGUAAAGGGACAAAUAUAUGUUGCUAUAGCCCCUAUUAUGAACAACGUGCGUACCGCUAUACAAACGUCAAAUUGGUUACCUUUGUAUGCUUUGUGGAUACCUUGCUUACCUUUAUACCAAAUCAAAAAGCGAUCUAAUGUCAAAUGCAACAUGCCAACACGCCACUUUUUGGUUGGGUAAUGCUUUGUUUAGAAAUCUUUACGUUAAUCUAUUGUUUAUGGGCGUCAUAGCAUUACUUCUAUGCUUUAGUUCUUGUUCUGAGUUACAAAUUUAAUGGCAGGUGUGAAGUUAGCUCAAGUGGCGGCGCAGUAAACGAAUUUGAGUUUGCGUGCGGGGUUUCACCAAUUGAAAUCUGCUCAUAGUAGCGCUCGUUGCUAACUUCACAAUCGUUAUACAGUUUGAAUCGCCCUGUAUUAGAGCAAAAUAGAACAAUUUGUAACAAAUAAAGGGUGUGUGAAAGCAAAUGAGGGCUAGCUAUUCGGUAAAAAAUAAUGCUUGUUAAUAUGUAAUAUACAUUCCUAGGUACGCAUAUACUUAGAAAUAUUCACUAAGUAUAUACUGUGAUGUGACUCAUAUUUUUAUUAAUUUUUAUUUGAGUGUGUAUACGACUUCAGUCCCUGUAGCAUGAGCACUACAAUUUACAUUAUAUUAUGUUUAUCGCUUCUUAAUG